UCCAUCCACGAUCUUCGACGGGAUCAAGUCUUUCUUUUUUCUUUGGGAAUGAAUGAACUUAUGAGCAAUAGAAACUUAGUUUUUUGCUCUUUUUUUUUAAAAAAAAAAUAUUGCACUAGCUAGAUCUGUGUUCAGACUACUGAUUAUAGUAGUCUUAUAGUACAGUACUAUGAAGCUUUAAGAUCAGAUCCAUGAUCAGUUGAAGUCUGACUUACCCGACUAGUGGAUGCUAAUGGAUCCAUCCACUAGCUACCUACCUGAUUCCUCGUACCUGGCGUCCAUUGCUCCCAGUUGACUUCGAUUGGGAUCGAGUCAUUGUUUAUUCUUUCAGGCUGUUAAAUUCUUCUGGGUUCUUAUUGUUGGGAUCGGUCGUGUGGUUUACAUGGAAACUGCAUCAUGAGGAAGCGGUUUUAUUUUCUGGGCCAAAGCCGCAGCUUCGAGGAGCGGUUAUUAGGCUGACCUAACAGAACCGCGUCUUGAUCAUGCGGUUCGUAGGCUAACCUAGCAGAACCGCAUGUUGAGGCUGCGGUUAUGUUUCUCCAAUACAAACCGCAUUCUCAACAUGCGGUUUUGCCCCUUGCCAACGCACAAACCACACCCCCCCCCCUGCGGUUUGUGUGUCGUCCCCAUUUUCCCGACAUCCAGCAUGUUGGCCAUGCAGGUUUACAGACGUGGGGCUGCAUGGUAGAUGAAAACCGCCCUUCCCCCUGCGGUUUUCAGUGAUUGGUUGUUUUAAAUAAUUUAAUUGAAUACAAUGCAACACUCGUUAGACUCUUAGAAGAGGUAUACAUCUUCUUAGAAACACAACCUUUUUGACAGAAAAAGGGGGGAUCCGAGGAUCGCUUAAACCCGAUUUUCCCAAGGAAUAGGAGGAUCAUGGUAAUCGCUUAAAAUCCCAUUUCCUUAGGCAUGCAUCUCUUUAUAAAGAGUCUAAGUAAGUGGCGCUAUGUAUUCGAUUAAAUUAUUAAAAACAACCAAUAUUAUUAAAAAUGAUCAAAUUUAUUUUAUAUUCCACUAACGUUAGCAAAAUAAAAGAAAGACAAAUGAUGAAGAAUUGUAUGUACCUCGUGAUCGUUCCAAACAUUCCUUUGAACGAUGGUUGGGUUGGUCGUACAACAUAGUUGGAUCACUAGGUCCUUGAUCAACAUAAUAUAGUUGGUUGUAUAUAUCCAUGUCGUCCCCAACCUACGAGCGAAUAACAACAAGGUUAGUACAUAGAUUAAUUAAAAAGGUUAUAACAACAAGAAAAUUUUGGUAAAAUGAGUACGUACCGCUUGAAAUUCAUCAUAAUAAAAUCCCUCUUCUUGGAAUCACUUGUCCAUUUUUUCGCGAAAGUCGGACAGAGAUUCGGCGGGUUUUGAAGGAAAAACCAAAGAAAUGUAUUCUGAUGGAAGAUCGGACUUAGCCGCAACCAACAGACCACUAUUUCCUAGCCUUUUGGGAGGGGAGAGGGAUGGAUAGAGAGAUAAUUUUAGAGAGAUAGAGAAGAAUGGGUUGUGGUGUUAAAAAUGGAGAGGGGUGUGGGGUAUUUAUAGCCUUCAGACCGCACCCUCCAGGGGCGGUUUAGUAAUUUUAUCCUUACCAAAACCGCGUCUAGAGGGAGCGGUUCACAGAUCCCGAGGCGUAAACCAUUCCACGAGCUAGCGGUCUUUGAUCCCUGACGCGGAUAGCUGCCCUGGCGUGCGAUUGGCUGUUAGAUCGCCGCCUAAUCCAACGAUCCUGGGGACCGUUGCGUCGUGCAUGAUGACCGUUUCUAUGUAAACCGCACCUCGCCCGUGCGAUUUUGAAAAAAGGUGCUAUUUUUGGAAUUUGUGGGUUGGGUGCUAUUUUUGUAAUUUUUUUAAAUCUCUGGAAAAAUCCCCUUAUUGUUUCGGUUCUUCUGUGAUCAGUGGUUUCGUUCUGGCCAAGUAGAAAGGAAUUGAGAAUGGCGUCAGAUCCGAAGAAAGUUUAUGGAUUCAAGGAGGUUUCAAGCCACAACGGGACCAAAGAUUGCUGGUGUUACGAGAAUCAAGCCAUCGUAACUAUUGGGCCUCAAUAUGGACUUGUGUGUAUUAUUAUUUAGUAUUUUAAUUAUUCAUUGUCUUAAAUAGUAGUUUCCUUGUCUAAGUAUAGUUUGGUUAUUGUUAGUUAAUUCCUUAUAGGAGUUAGUAGAAGUCAUGUUCUAGAUAGGAGAAUGUAGAGGCUUCUAUGCCUAUAAAUAUGUACGUUGUCUUUCGUUUAAUAAUAUGAGAAGAUUGGAACCCAAGUUGCUUAGUAGUUUAGGAGAGGUUUAACUUCUUGAUAAGUGGUAUUGGUAUGUAUUUAAUAUUUAUGUUAAGGGUUUGUUGUAAGCUAACUAUAUUAGUUGUAGAAAUGAUGAAUGAUGUAUUAACUCGAAUGAUGAUGAUAAUCAUGGAUGGUUAGUCUUAUUAUUAUUGCUUAUAUAUAAUGAUAGUUUAUGAUAGUAAUAACAUAUGGUUAUGUUUUAUUCAUUAACAAGAUAAUUGUUUUUAUGUAAUGUAAUGUUAUUUGGUUAAUCUGAUUAUGCGAUUAACCAAACCAAUUAAACUUUGGUUUGGUUAAUUUGGUUUUCGUGUUAAUUUGGACGGUUUAGUUAAGACAUUUUAUUCUAUCGUUAAUGAAAUUUAAACUUAAUUGGUUUGGUUAUUACCACGGUAACCAUUUGAACACCCCUAGUGUGUGUGAGUGUUUUAGAUUGAGAUUCUAAUCCAACAUAUAAACAAUGACCACGGAUUGAGGUUUAGUCUAAACUUCAAGAAUUAACAAUUGAUACAUAUUGUAUAAUAUACUAAAUUUAAGUGUCUUGAUAAAAAAAAUAACAUCCAAAACGGAAUGAGUCGAGAUUAGAGAAUUUAAUCAUCAUGAGGACUACAGUGUUUGUCGAGUUUCAAUAUAGAUGAAUAAAUUGAUCCCAUAAUGAAGUAUCGUUACAACAUUGGUCGAGAGUUCGUCCAAACUCGAGGAUCAUGAAUGUGUAUUGGAUUUCCAAAUGACCUAAAAUCACAAUCCCUUUUGGGGGCUAAAUACCUCUGAUCACAACCAUAGGUGCCAAAGAAGAAUGAAAAGAAGCCCAAAAAAGAAAAUAACCUCUGAUACGAUGAACAGAAUAAAACCAUAUUGAGUUAUGAUCCUGUCAUCCCUACCCUUUUAUUCUCCAUAAAGGGGGUUGGGGGAGAGGAUAAGAAAUAAAUAGCAGGAUCUUAGGAUUUUCCUCUUUAUAUAUUACAAAUCGAACGAUAGACAACCCCAAUGGUUGUCAGACGUUAUGGGGGUAAAACCGAGAUCUUUAUCCCGGGAAUGGGGGAUAAGCAAGUAGCAAUUUUAAUAUGAAAACGUUAUCCAAACUUUGAAUUGACUGAUCUUUCGGACAUGAUACUAUACUCCAAGAGAUCAAAAUCUAGGUUUUAAUUCUCUAAAUCUUAUAUCCCAAGAUCAAUAUAAUUAGAAACAAUGAUCGAAGGUUAUGAUUCGUCCAAAUAUAGGCAAAAAAAUGAAUGCACCAUUUUAGGGUUUAUAGUUUAUGAUUUAGACAAUUAGGAUCUAGGAUUCACUCAUUAAGGGUUAGGGUAUAUUAUCCGACCCAAAAAUCCUGCUAAUUCGAGGUCUAGAUAGCUUUUUCAUACUCAAGGUAUGCGGUACCCCAAAUCUCACCCAGGGUACCCUAGAAGCCGCCCAAUAUCAAGGUAUACUAUACUUUUGAUUUUACUCAAGAUACGAUAGAAGAUAGGUAUGACGAAGUAUGCCCAUAAAUUAGAGGUUAGAGAAUUAGGGACUGGAGUUCACCUAUUAGAGGUUAGAGUAUAGUAUCAUGACCCAAAAAACUCUGGUUAAUUCGGGGUCUAAAUAGUAUAAUUCAAUGAGCAUAUGGUAAUACGCAAGAGUAUGGCAUACUCCUUACGCACGCUAGCUUGAACUAUAUAUGUGUGUUGGGGGGGGGGGGGGAAUUCAGGUUGGCGUACGCUAAAUAUUAGUGUUUUGGUUGAUAAAUUUUGACAUAAGUUCUAAAUGGGACGUGACAGUGACAUCAUUUAUGAUUAGAAAACCGAAGCAUCACAAGUGAGUAUGCUAAAUAUUGGAAAUUUUCAAUAUAGACAUGCUACAAACUCUGUUAUGAAUCAAGAACACAAAAUAUUUGGAAAAUCCAAAAUGAUUUAAACAUAAAAAUAUGUUAAUUAAUAUAAAUUAUAAAAUAAACCUCUCCGGCCAACGGGUCGAGUAAAAAGCUAGUUUAAAUAGUGAUUCAUACUUGUAUAUGUAGCUCAGAAAGUAGAACACGUGGCAUACGAAUAGAUCUAUGCAUUUUUUUUUCUUUUUUAUCGAUUUUGUAUAUUUAAUUGGGCUGAUAUCUUAUUUUGGCAUGAACUAUGACCAUAUAAUCAACUUUGGCUUGUGGUUUCAGAAAUUAACAUCUUGGCCUCAACUAUGCAAUAUAUAGACUCAAUUGGCGGGACACAUGGUUUGACCGUCAAUUUGGACGGUCAACACGCCAUGUCAUUGCCUUGUCAGCCUAAAAAUCAUUAAAAAAAUUCAAAUUAUUUUAAAUAUUAUUUUUUAUUUUCCAGCUCAUUAUUAUUCAUCUGCCCCUUUCGUGUCAGGAAAAAAUCCAAAACUACCACUGUUUUAAAAAAAAUUACAAAAAUACCACCCAUUCCCAAGAAUUUCCAAAUCUACCACUGUUUUUUAAAAACCGCUCCACUCAGGGGCGGUUAUAACAGAAACCGCCCACCCAGGCAACGGUUUACCAUAGAACCGCCUGGUCGACAAGCAGUUUGCCUAUUUUGGAAAAAACGCUCUUCAAAAGAGCGGUUUUCAUGGCUGCCCUACCACCAACCGCUUCCUCUGGGAGAGGUUACGUGUCGGCAUGGUAAAACGCUCCACAGGGAAGCGGUUUACCAUGUCGACACAUAAAUCGCUCCCCCCUCCAACGGUUUGUGCCUCGUCACCCGACAUCCGACAUGUCGGCAUGCAGGAGUGCAGGAGGUUGCAGGGGGUGGGGGCUGCAUGACAGACUAAAACCACUCCCCCCUGCGGUUUGUAGUGUAAAAUUUGCCUAUAAAAAGCCGAUCCAGAAAACUCAAAAUCUUCACUCCACUCCUCCUUCUUCUUCAAAUUUCAGUUGUUCACCUUUAAAUUAUUCAGAUUUUGCGAUUAACGUUAAUUCGUAAGUUUGUUUUGUAUUACUUUUCAUUGUCAUUUGUGAUUUUAAUGUUAGUAACUUAAUUACAGUUUUAUUGCAGAUGGCAUUCCAAAGGUUCACACGUGGGUUGUGGUGGAAUGGUUACACGGAAGAGGCAGAAAAGGAUGUAAGUUACGUGGGUGGCGAUUUUUAUAAAAUGAAGGUUCGUACGAGACCGAUGCUUAAAGAGCUCCAUCAAAUGUGCACUGAGGUUACCUGCAUGGAUGGCACUAGAAGAGUUGAUCGUGUGGUGUAUCGAUAUCCAAACAUACAUGGCGAGUCGCUGUGGAAUGAGGAAUUCCUCAUUACCACUCAGGAGGACGUUGAUGCCAUGGUCCAAUUUUUGACCACCAAUAAAAUUAAACAAGCGGAGAUGUUCGUUUACACCAACGCGGUCGAAGGCGGUGUAGGUCAUUCUGGAGAUGGCCAAACAUCUGGUAUCCACGGUGGGAGUGUAUUAUACGAAGAUCAUCCCACCAAGAGUACCAAGACUCGAGGCGGAGGCAGGAGUAUCAUGAUGAAAAAAGGGGGGAUCCGAGGAUCGUUUAGAACCCGAUUUUCCCAGGUGAUGGGAGGAUCAUGAUGAUCGCUUAAGACCCCAUUUCCUUAGACAUGCAUUUCUUUAUAAAGAGUCUAAAUAAGUGUUGUAUUGUACUGAUUUAAAUUAUUGAAAAUAAUCAAUACGAUUAACAAUUAAGUAAUGUAUUGUAUAAAUUAGCAAAAUAAAAAUUACAAGUGAUGAUAAAUAAUAUGUACCUUGUGGUCGUUCCAAACAUCUCUUGAACGAUGAUUGUACUGAUCGUAUAAAAUAGUCGGAUCAAUCGGUCCUUGAUCAACAUAAUAUCGUUGAUUAUAUAUAUCAACAUCCGGCCCAACCUACGAUAGCAUAACAACAACAUAAAUCAAUUAGUAUAUAAAUUAAAUAAGCCAUUAUAGCAGGUUCCUUGAAACCUUCUUCCACCACUGUCCAGUAUUACUUGGAACGCAGGAGAUUCUCAAUGAGUACACGAGCUGGAUCGACUGACACAAGAUAAACUAAAAAGGACUAAAACUG